CCCCUUAUGAAUUCACUUUUGUCUCCAAGUCUGUCCUCUCUCUCUGAGUACAAUAGUUCGAUCAACCAAAAAAAAAAAAAGGAACAAGUAUUUUUGGUCUGCAAGAGCAAAUCGCAAAAAUAAAAAUAACUCUUCACAUUGUUCGAGGCUGAUCGCAGUUCGGUUAGCCUAGUGAUCUCCGCUAUUUUGAUGGGCACUCUGUCGCACGCGAUCACUCCCAAACUCGCUCUUCCCGGCCACGACUUCUCUUCUUCUUCUUCUUACUAUGGACUCACCUUCCCCUCCUACUUGAACUCCCGUUUUCAGGGAUCGAAUUCAACAACCAGACUCGCCAAGAAGAUCCGGGUGUCUGCCGAGUCAGCCAAGCACAGGCCCGCCAUUGAUUUCAGUGAUCCAGACUGGAAAUCCAAGUUUCAAAACGACUUCGAGACUCGCUUCAACAUCCCUCACAUCACUGAUGUCUUCGACGACGCCGUUUCCAUUCCCUCCACUUUUUGCCUCAGAAUGAGGACUCCAGUAUCUGAAGAGUUUGCGAGAGGUUACCCAUCAGAUGAGGAGUGGCAUGGUUACAUAAAUAAAAACGACAGGGUACUUCUUAAGGUCAUACGCUACUCGUCACCUACAUCUGCUGGUGCUGAGUGCAUUGAUCCUGAUUGUACUUGGGUAGAACAAUGGGUUCAUCGUGCUGGGCCUCGGGAGAAAAUAUACUUCAGACCAGAAGAAGUGAAAGCAGCAAUUGUAACUUGUGGGGGGCUCUGCCCUGGUCUCAAUGACGUCAUCAGACAGAUUGUCAUUACCCUUGAAAUAUAUGGUGUAAAAAAGAUUGUAGGUAUUCCCUUUGGUUAUCGUGGAUUUUCUGCCAAAGAAUUAAAUGAAAUGCCGCUAUCAAGAAAAGUGGUUCAGAAUAUCCAUCUUUCUGGUGGAAGCUUGUUAGGUGUUUCACGUGGAGGACCUAGCAUUAGUGAAAUUGUGGACAGUAUGGAGGAAAGAGGAAUCAACAUGCUUUUUGUGUUGGGAGGGAACGGCACGCAUGCUGGGGCCAAUGCAAUACAUAUUGAGUGCCGUACAAGACGGAUGAAGGUGGCUGUAGUUGGUGUGCCAAAAACUAUCGACAAUGAUAUUCUGCUGAUGGAUAAAACUUUUGGUUUUGAUACUGCUGUUGAAGAAGCACAAAGAGCAAUAAAUUCUGCAUAUAUAGAGGCACACAGUGCUUAUCAUGGUGUUGGCAUUGUGAAAUUGAUGGGCCGUAGCAGUGGAUUUAUAGCUAUGCAUGCAGCCCUAUCGAGUGGACAAAUUGACAUAUGUUUGAUUCCUGAGGUACCUUUUAAUUUGCAUGGGCCUCAUGGUGUUCUGCGACAUCUGAAAUACCUAAUUGAGACAAAGGGUUCAGCAGUUGUCUGUGUAGCAGAGGGAGCAGGACAGGAUUUUCUUCAGAAAACUAAUGCUAAGGAUGCAUCUGGAAACGUUGUAUUUGGAGAUAUCGGUGUACACAUUCAACAAGAGAUUAAAAAAGCUUUCAAGGCGAUUAGUGUUCCAGUUGAUGUGAAGUAUAUUGAUCCCACAUACAUGAUCCGUGCAUGCCGUGCAAAUGCAUCAGAUGGAAUUCUAUGCACUGUACUAGGACAAAAUGCUGUUCAUGGCGCAUUUGCUGGAUAUAGUGGCAUUACUGUAGGCAUAUGCAACACUCACUAUGUCUACCUUCCAAUUCCUGAAGUCAUUUCUUAUCCCAGGCUGGUGGACCCCAACAGUAGAAUGUGGCAUCGAUGCUUGACUUCAACAGGCCAGCCUGAUUUUAUCUAAUAAUUUCAUUUAAGUUAUAAGACUUGAAAAUAUAUCUAUAUAAGCUCCCAAAGAGUAUAGUCUAGGACAGAUACCAGCAUCAAAAGGUUUUUUGUUAGUCUGGUCACCGCAUGCUGUAGAAGAAAUAAAUAUCAAAGGAUUACAUUCCCUCUACCAAGCAAAGAUGAGGGAAUAUUUUUGAUUCAUUGCUCUCAGAUUUCGUUGGCAAUAAAGUUCCAGAGGAAUCAUCUGGCAAUUUAUACUUUAGAUUUAAUGUUUAUUACAAUGAUUUGUACAAAAUUUGUUGUAACUAUGAAAUAUGUCAGCCACAAUUAAAGACUAUACAAACUAGACCCUUCCGUAGUGGUCUAGCUUAUAAAAUUUAGUUGCAUUUUUUGGAUCAUA